UCUUUUGUUAUCAUCAGACACCACACAUUGAUGAAAGUAGCGACAGGUUUUAUAAUUUGUUUGGUCACGUGACAAAAACAUCGAUUCGUAUCCAAGGACAAGAGAUUCACAUUUUAAAAAUAAGCAUUUAAUUAUGGGUUUUAUUUAAACUGUGUAUGUUGUUUCAUUUGUUUUCCUCUCAUGUGUCAAAAUGGGAAUUGGAUCAUUAUUAACCAAUCUGAUUCUUCAACUAUGUCUUACAGCAGAGCUAGCUGAGUGUGCUCGAUACUACUACUCGAGAUAUUAUUCCAAUUAUUACUAUUACUACUAUUAUUACAAUAGUUAUUACUACUACGAUAGUUACUAUGGAUACAGCAGUUCUGGCUCAACCGCUACCAUUGUGGGAGCAGUAAUUGGAUCAAUAGUUGGCAUAGUAUUUAUUAUUGUUGUUAUAAUUGUAUGCUAUAGAAUUCGACUGGCCAAGGCCAAGAGUACUGUUGUCUUAAAAAGAACACCACCAAAGCCUACCGUUACAUACACUACUACAAUGUUAGCUAACAGACCUCAGAUAGCACCACAACAGCACCCAACACCACCACAACAACAACCAAUACCUCCACAAUCAAAUCCCUUUCAGUAUAGACCAAAUCUCCCUCCGCCGACUUACGCAUCACAAGACCCGGCAUAUCCUCCACCAGCUUAUAACUAUGGAUAUCAAUGAACAGAAUCUCGUUUAAAUAAGAAAUUGUGCAAUCAAAUCACUAUGUGAUUAUAAAUGCUAACUGUGAUAGCAAACAAUAGGCAUUAAGACUACAGAUUAUUUUAUCAUAAUUUUUAGGAUUAAUAUUGACAAUGCCAAAUUUGAAUGUUAUUUAUAUCUUUAUACAUAAAUGGAAGAAAUGUCAAAAGUUUUAUCUUGUGUUUCAUCAGAUGUUGGAACAUGAAUCUUCUGUUUGCAUCAGAUUUAAAAAUUAAUAAACGUUAUUAUUUUAGUUAA